AUCCACCCAUCGUUCCCUCCAUUCCUAAAUCCUCAGUAAAAUUUACUCUCAGUCUGUCACUACCAUAUCUUAAAACAACUGAUCUUAUCUCUUCCAGACUCCAUCUUUCAGCCCCCCCCCCCAUCGGAUCUCGCCAUUUCAGGUAUGCACUCAUUCAUCCCCGCGCUCUCUCCGUCUGCCUCCAUUUUCGCUCAUCUUGUUCUGUCUCGGAUUUCAAGCUCAUAUAUGUGUGUUUUCCUAUGCAUAUUUGAAGUUGAUUAAUCGAUAGACUGGGGCUUGGAAGUUAUAGAGGCAGAAUGUUUCUUCACCUCUUGCUCUUAUUGCCUCUUUUUUCGAGGUUCAUAGAAAACGGAAGUUCCACUGUUACAAGCACAUAUAUUCGCUCUGAGUGGCCAUCUGUGGAUAUUCCACUUGACAAUAAGGAAUUUGCAGUCCCUGAAGGUUAUAAUGCACCACAACAAGUUCAUAUUACACAGGGUGACUAUGAUGGGAAGGCUGUCAUAAUCUCCUGGGUGACUUUUGAUGAACCAGGGUCAAGCCAAGUACACUACGGAUUAUCUGAGGAGAAAUAUGAUUUUACCGCAGAGGGAACAUUUACAAACUACACAUUUUACACUUACAAGUCUGGCUUUAUACAUCAAUGCCUUGUCGGUGACCUCGAGUAUGACAGAAAGUACUACUAUGAGGUAGGACAAGGUGAUUCUUCAAGGAAGUUCUGGUUUGUGGCACCUCCAAAAAUUGAUCCAGAUGCAUCUUACAAAUUUGGUAUUAUAGGUGAUUUGGGCCAAACGUUCAAUUCUCUUUCCACUCUUGAACAUUAUAUGCAGAGUGGAGGGCAAACUGUCUUGUUUGUUGGUGAUCUCUCUUACGCCGAUAGAUACCAAUAUCAUGAUGUUGGAGUGCGUUGGGAUUCAUGGGGCCGUUUCAUUGAAAAAAGUGGUGCAUAUCAACCAUGGAUUUGGUCUGCUGGGAAUCAUGAGAUAGAGUACAUGCCAUAUAUGGGGGAAGUAAUUCCUUUCAGAUCAUUUCUCUUUAGAUACCCCACACCCUACAGAGCCUCCAAAAGUAGCAAUCCCCUUUGGUAUGCCAUCAGGCGGGCAUCUGCUCAUAUAAUUGUUCUAUCUAGCUACUCCCCAUUUGUAAAAUAUACACCUCAGUAUAAGUGGCUUAAUGAAGAAUUUACAAGGGUGGACAGGGAAAAAACUCCUUGGCUAAUUGUCCUCAUGCACGUACCUAUCUACAAUAGCAAUGAAGCGCACUUUAUGGAGGGUGAAAGUAUGAGAGCUGUCUAUGAGGAGUGGUUUGUCAAGUACAAAGUUGAUGUGGUAUUUGCUGGUCACGUCCAUGCUUAUGAGCGAUCCUAUCGAAUAUCAAACAUCCACUAUAAUGUAUCAAGUGGCGAUGCUUAUCCUGUACCAGACAAAUCAGCUCCGGUUUAUAUUACAGUUGGAGAUGGAGGGAACCAGGAAGGUCUAGCUGGAAGAUUUAAAGAUCCCCAACCUGAGUAUUCUGCGUUUAGGGAGUCCAGUUAUGGCCAUUCUACUUUGGAGAUAAAGAAUAGAACACAUGCGUUGUACCAUUGGAACAGGAAUGAUGAUGGGAAAAGUGUUGCAACAGAUGCUUUUGUGUUGCACAACCAGUUCUGGGGGAGCAACCGAAGAAGACGAAGAAAGCUCAACAAAUCUCAUCUUCACUCUGUUGUUUUUCGCCGGCCCUCUAGCGAACAAAUGUGAGAAAAAUCAGCUAAGAAUCCUCACCUCUUCCUCCUCCUGUAUUGGUAUCAUAACGUAAAUAAGAAUUUUCUAUGGGAUCAUUGUCGCAUAAACAAGAAUUUGUGCUUCCUUUUUACUAAAAAGUUUACAAGUGUUAAAAUAUUUUUUAUACAAUUUAUUGACACUGUAAAUUUCAUUUCGGAGAUCCCAACAUAGGUUGGGUUUUAAGGUGUUGAUGAUAUAAUGAUCUCUUUCCGGUCGGAUUCCUUUUUUUUUUCUCAUGACAAAAUAUACUCCGUACUUAUUAAAAUUAAUUAAAACAUGUUACUGGUA